AUGCCGAUUAUAGGGGGUCACGUUCAAGCUGUGCACACUUCUUCAGAUACACCGAAAUGGAGGCUAGCAGUCCAUAUCUAUAGGAAGAGGAUGUGGGGACCAUCGGUGAAGGCAGAAGCUGCAUUCUCUGGGGCAGACGGAGCUUCCUUGGAGGAAGGGCAGGGGGCGCAGGCCCAGGAGGGUGCCCAAGAUGCCCUCUCCUCUGGCAGUGGAGAGACGCUGUUGAGCCGCGGUCUUGCUGGAGGUGUGGAAACAGCUGCUUUGCUUCCAGUCCAGUGCCCCGUUUCCUUUGAGGAGGUUUCUGUCUGCUUCACCCCAGGAGAGUGGGCCCUGCUGGAUCCGGGCCAGAGGACUCUCUACAGGGAAGUCAUGCGGGAGAACUAUGGAAGCGUCAUCUCUCUGGCCAGAAGUAUAAGAGAGACUUUGGUGGAGAAAGACAAUCGCCUUGCAUCCAAAGAAAAGCUGGGGAGUUUCUCAAGAGGAUCUCAAGAGCAAAUUUCCUCCCCAAAUGAGCUGUCUGACACCCAGGAUGAUCAGAGCAAUGAGGAGGGUGAGAAACUGAAUCAGCAGUUGCCAGAUCGAGUUGAAAAGGUGGACUUGAAAGAAAACAUCAGGAAUCCAGGCAGACCUAAGAGAAAGAAAGGAUAA